UCCCUUAAGUGUUAAUGUACUUUAAGUGCCCAAUUAUUCAGUUAGUGUGUGUACACCUCGGGUGUCCCCUAACAAGGGGGGGUAGGAUCUGGAGAACAGGAGCAUCUACAGGACAACAUGAGGUGGUAAGAGGAGGGGCGCCUCAGACCAGAGUGUAUAUUAGACCCUCACAAUCAGGGUUCAUUGCCCACUCCAGAACAUCUGCUUCGCCCUCCUCAUUCUCCUGCUGGGUCUAAAACAUUCAGGUCCACUAUGUUGGGACAAUUACUACUUCGGAGUGCAGUGGUCCUUUGGCUGGCGCAGACGGCACACACAGGGGGUUAUGGUCCUGCACCUGGAGUAUCCAAUGGACAAGGGCCACAACCUAAUGGAAAGAAACCUCAGAACGGUGGAGGUGUGGGAAGAAUGCUCAUACCAUCAAAAGGUGUGGGUCCAGUAAUGGGUGCACAGAAUGGAUACGGUGGAUACCCCACAAAAGGAGUAGGCAAUGGGCCAGCAGCUGGUGUUUCAACUGCAAAUGGAGGAAAAUCUAACGGCUAUGGUGCAGCUGCUGGUGUGACCACUGGAGUAGGGAUGAAAGGCUAUGGAGCAGCAGCUGGUGCAACCAAUGGACAAGGUGGGAAACCACAAGGAGGUAAUCCAGCAGUUUUGCCCAGUGGAAAUGGAGCUAAAUCUAAUGGAUAUGGUGUUCAAGCCGGCCCGACCAAUGGACAACAAAUGAAAGGCAAUGGUUACAGUGCUCAAGCUGGUGCAUACGGUGGACAAGGAACUAAAGGCAAUGGUUAUGGAGCUCCUGCUGCUGUAGCACCCAACGGAAACAGAGGACAUUUGAAUGGUUAUGGUGCAGCAGCUGGUGGUCUAGGUGGAAAUGGAGCUAAACCCAAUGGUGGUGCUGCUGCACAUGAUGGAUUUGCAACCAAAGGCAACGGAUAUGGUGCUACAUCUGGUGUACCAAAUGGAAAUGGGGCUAAAACCAACGGUCAAAAAGCCACAGCAGGUCCUUCUGGUGGAAAUGGGGCAAGGCCCAAUGGCCAGGGGGGAGCUGGAAGUAAACCCAUGAAAGGAUAUGGCCGACCACCUUAUGGGGCAGGUCCAAGUGUGGGGAUGGGAGCCUCCAGAGGUCUGGGAGUACCUCAGCUUGCCAGGAACCAAGGGACAGCAUAUGGCAGUAAUGGUUAUAAUGGUUAUGGCACUCAGCCAAUGGGAGGCUACAACGGUGGUUAUGGCAAUGCUGGUUUUGCUCUGGGACCUCGGUUUGGAAAUGGAGGAAUGAAGGGACCGAAGCAAGGCUAUGGUACCUCAGCUGGUGUGCCCAAUGGACAAGGUGCAAAACCCAGUGGUUAUGCUGGAGCCAGAGCACCUAACGGGAAUGGAGCUGUGCCAAAUGGUUAUGGAUACCCCAAUGGUGGAGCCACUAGACCAGCAAAACCAGGGUAUGGUGGUAUUCCAAAUGGAUAUGGUGCCAAACCCAACGGAUAUGGACCCACCAGAGGAGGUGCUAUGAGACCCCAACCAGGUUAUGGAAAUGGAGCUGUUCCCAACGGAUAUGGAGCUAAACCCAAUGGCUAUGGAGCUGCAGCUGGAGCCGGAGCUCCCAAAGGAUACGGAGCCAAACCCAAUGGUCAUGAAGUUAGAAAUGGUGCUGCACUUGGUGGAUAUGGAGGUAAACUGAAUGGAUACGGAGGGCCAAGCAGAGGUUCAAAACCUCCAUCUACCAAAGGAGUUGGAGCAGUUUCCCCCGGAGAAGGUGCAAAAUCACUUGGCAAUGGCUAUGGUGGUCCUGCUGCUGUACCAAAUGGACAGCCUAAAGUAGCCAAUACUGGUUACGGCAUGAUGCCAAAUGGGAAGGGUACAAAGAGUGCAGGUGCGUCCAAUGGAAAGGGCCUUAAAGGUGAAGUUCUCGCUCCCGAACAGCCGAGUGCAGCACCAGAGCAAGAGGUUGCGAUUACUCAAGGCGUAGCACCUGCUGCCCCGGAGCCGACCAGCGGUAUCCUUGUUAUGGUGACACAAGAGAAAUAUCAAAAACUGCCCCCACCUGUACCUCAAGGAAAAAGCUACAAACCAGUGCCUCAAGCUACGCCAGAACCAUUACCAGUGUUACCUCAAGGCCAAGACCCAACGCCUGCACCUGAACCCACACCUGAACCAGCAUUCAUGGAUCCACAGGGCAAGAGUCCAAAGGUAGUCACAUCUGAACCUGCACCAGUUGUUCCCCAGAGUAACCCAGCACCAGAGCCGGCACCGGUCCUUCCUCAAGAGAAUGGAGGAGGAGCUUCGAUCUCCAAGGGGCAGGGCACUAAACCAGCCAAACCUGACUGUGGACCAUCAGGAGUACCAAACGGACAAUGGAUGAAAAUACCUAGACCUGGUUAUAAUGCAGGUGCUGGAGCUUCAGCUGGCACAAAAACCAAAGGUUAUGGAGCAGGAGCAGGUGCUCCAAACAGAUUUGGGGCUAAAUCCAACGGAUAUGGUGCCGGUGCAGCAGGAUAUUUAAAUGGAGGAGGCGCUAAAGCAUCUGAACCAAGUUAUGGAGCAGGAGGCUAUACUGCCCCUGGACACAGCAAUGGAUAUGGAGCUGGCCUUGGAUAUCCUUAUGCAGGGAAACCUAAACAACCUGGUUAUGGACAAGGAGCUUAUCUUGGAGCUGGAUAUGGAAAUGGAAAUUCCUAUGGAGGAAAUGCCGGUUUGGGUCAAGCAAAGUCUAAAUCAGGGUAUGGAAAUGGCUAUGGUGCUGGUGUACAGCCUGACUAUGCAAGUCUUGGCCAAGGUGUACCUACUGCUGAUGGCAAAUCAGGUGGAGGCAGACAGAUUCCUUACAACGGAGCUCCAGUGGUUCCUGCUGGACUAGAUGGAAUGAGUCAGUUUGAGCCUCAGUCAGCUGGCUUUGGUCCAAAUGGAAAAUUAGGCAGCACGUAUGGUGGAAUGGGCGGCUUGCCUUUUGGUGGCCAGACUCUUGGAAUGGGUGCAGAGAAAUCAAACACCAAGUAUGGCAUUGGAGGGUUGCAAUUUGGUGGCAACCCCCUCAGUACAGGAAAUAAUGGCGCAGGAAAGUAUGGUUAUGGUGCAAGCCCCUAUGGGCCUGCUGGUGAUGGGAAAUCAUCUGGAAAAUAUGGUGGUGUUGGUGCCAGCAUGGGAGGGGAUCCUGCACUCACAAAAUACGGAUAUGGUGGCUUCCCCAAUGGUGGGCAACUUCUUGGUCUUGGCAGUAAUGGAAAUGCAGGCGGCAAAUAUGGUUAUGGAAGGAUGCCUUAUGAAGCUCAACCAGUUGGACUGAGUCCUGAAGCCAAAUCUACUGGCAAAUAUGGUACGGCUGCGUCACAAUAUCAGCCUGAACCUCUUGGAUUUGGACAUAAUGGCAAAUAUGGUGGCAGUGAAGUUCCCUAUGCACCACAAGCUCUUGGUUUUGGUGGUGAAGCAAAAUCUCCUGGGCAAUAUGAUAAUCAGGGACUGUUUCAGCCACAGCCCCUUGAAUCUGCAUCUGAAGGCAAAUCUGGUGGAGAAUAUGUUAGAGCUAGUUUACCUCAUGAGCCCCUGCCUCUUGAGCCAGUGAAGGGAGAAGUACCAACGCCAGCAAUUGCAGCUGAAGGCGAAGACAUGGCGAUUGAUAGAUACGAAAAUGUGGGCUACAUAAACGGACAAGUGCAGCCAGAAGUUGUUGCAUUUCCUGCAGUUCCCACUCCAGGUCCCACCCUGGCCUACCCUACUGUUCCAUCCUAUCUGCCUGUGGAGUCCUCCCUCAUGCCUGAUGUGGUGCAUGGAGCUGGUGCGGAGGACCUGCCUGACCCCGUGAACACUGCCAGCCUCACCCUUGAUUCUGCACCCGCCACAGAAACGCAGGCCGCAGCUCAGGCGCCUGAACAACCCGAUGAUGUGCCCCCACAACAGCUUCCACGUCAGAUACACAUUCAGCAGCACCUCAAACUGCAUUUUCACCCACAAGGAGCAAAGAAUGGCAAAUACGAUUUGAACGGCUUCUUUGGGAAUAGUGGCUAUCAAGGUUAACCCUGCUGACAACGACAAGUAUAACCUCUUUUUCAGCCAUUGUAUAUUACUUUUGAUUGUUUCCUAAUUGUAUAUUAGUUUUAUUUUCUCCUGUCCAUCUAAUAGUCCAGGGAGUCAUAUUUUUGUGUUUGUUUUGUAAGUCUAGAGAUAACACAACAUUUAAAGAUUUUGAGUUGUUAGGUUUUUCUGUUUUAUUGUAUAUUUUUUACCUUUUGUCCUGCACUUACUGCUCACUGUACAUGCAAAGAAAUGGUUGUUUGAGAAAUGGAGUUUGUUUUCUGCAUAUCAGCCAGUUUUGCCUUUAUUUUAUCAGCUCAAAAUAUUUCUAUAAAACCUAAUUCAGUCUAAUUUAUUUUGCAUGGGAAAGGGGUUUUUUACUACUUGCGGCAAGCAUCUGUUUAUUAUUGUACAGUAUUUGAUUGAUUAAAACCAUCAAA